GAGAGGUGAGGGCACACUCAUCCAACAAUUUCAUAUUCAUCUCUGUUCUUUUCUCUUUCAAUUAUAACCGAGUUCUAACACGAAAAAUGGUUGAGGCACUCAUCUCUGUGCUUCUAGAGAAACUGGCUUCAAUAGUGUUUGAACACACAAAACAAGCGGUGACACUCGUUUUGAAUGCUGAGGAAGAUGUUCAUAGUUUCCGCAGCAAUCUCGAAGCCAUUCAAGCUGUGCUGGAGGAUGCAGAGAAGAAACAAGUGACGGAGGCCAGAGUGAGAGACUGGUUGCAGAAGCUCAAAGAUGUAUCAUACGAGAUGGACGAUGUCUUAGACGAGUGGAACACUGAAAUUUUGAAACAACAAGUGGAGGAAGGCAAGAAGGAGGUAUGUUUCCCCACUCCCUCCAUUAAUUGCUUUUGUUUUGGCCAAGUCAAUAAGGCAAUUCAUCAUCAUAAAAUUGCUACAAGGAUAAAGAAACUGAAUGAGAAACUAACUGUGAUUGCUGCUGAAAGAGAAAUGCAUGGCUUUCAUCCAUCAACAAUAGGUGGCCAUGAUGAUCAACAGCUUAUUCAAAGACAGAAAACUUCAUCUUUGGUCGAUAUAUCCAAGAUAUUUGGCCGAGACGAAGAAAAAGAGAUGUUGUUGAGCAAGUUAUUGAGAGAAAGUAGCCAAGAAGGAAACCUUGUCAUCCCUAUUGUAGGGAUGGGAGGGAUGGGGAAAACAACGCUUACCCAAUUAGCCUAUAACAAUGAAAAGAUUACAACCCAUUUUCACAAGAAAGUCUGGGUUUGUGUCUCAGAUCCUUUUGAUGAGAUUAAGAUUGCGAAAGCGAUUAUCGAAAGUCUAGAUAAAAAUGAAACCCAAAGCAGUUCAAGUGAGUUGGAAACUCUACUUCUACGUAUAAGGUCACAUGUUGAGAAAAAGAAGUUCCUCCUAGUCCUAGAUGAUGUGUGGACCGAAGACAAAACAAAGUGGGAAAAUUUGAAACUACAAGUGAUAAUGCAAAGUUGUGCUCAAGGCAGUACAAUAUUGGUGACCACACGAAAAGAAGGGGUUGCUAAAAUGAUGAGAGCAACCAGCAACAUGAUCCAUUUGGACAAGUUGAGCGAUAUGGAUUGUCUAGCAUUGUUUAAUAGCUUUGCAUUUUUGGAUAGGGAAGAAGAUGAGGCUAAUGGGUUUGGAGCUAUUGGUGAGGAAAUUGUGAAAAAGUGUAAAGGUUUGCCUCUUGCUGCAAAGACUUUGGGCAGUCUAGUGUGGUAUAAGAAAAAAAAAAAGGAAUGGCGGGAUGUUCUAAAUAGUAAGAUAUGGGAAUUAGAAGAAGUUGAGGAACAAGUUUUCCGACCACUGUUAUUUAGUUAUUAUGAUUUGGCCCCUGCAGUCAAAAGAUGUCUUCUGUAUUGUGCAAUAUUUCCAAAAGAUUAUGUGUUAAGAAAAGAUAAUUUGAUUGAGAUUUGGAUGUCACAAGAUUAUCUUAACUCAAAGGAAAACAAAGAAAAGAGAAGAAUAGGUCAAAAUUAUUUUGAAAAUCUAGCAAUGCGGUCUUUCUUUCAAGAUUUUAGAAAAGAUGAGAUGGAAAAUGUUUAUGAAUGCAAAAUGCAUGAUAUUGUGCACGACUUUGUGCAGUCUCUUACUAAAAAAGAAUGCAUUAUUAUAGAUGCAGCCGAGGGUGCUAAUGAAAAAAUAGAGCCACCGGUUGAUAAGGUUCGUCAUUUGACCUUAACUAGUGUAAGCGAAGGUCUAUUUUCUACUUCAUGUUAUGGAUGUAAAAAUAUGCGUACCCUCACACUCCUUGAUUCAAGCAUUACAACCAUCAGCCCCAGUUCAAUUAUGCAAAUGAAACGGCUCAGGACAUUGAAUUUGAGUUAUAACAUCAUCCAUGAAGUUCCAAAAGAGAUCAAUGAAUUGAUUCAUUUGAGAUAUAUGGAUUUGUCUCGUGGUGGUAACUUGAAAGAAUUACCAGAUGCUCUGUGUGAUUUAUAUAAUCUACAAACUCUGGUCCUUGUUCACUGCUAUGGACUAGAGAAACUACCCGAGGCAAUGGGAAAGUUGAUCAACUUGAAGCAUCUAUAUCUUGACAAUUGUUGGGGGCUGAGGUACUUACCGAAAGGGAUUGGGAGUUUGAAAAGUCUGCAAGUACUAGACUGGUUUAAAGUAUAUGAGGGUGAUGAAGCAUUGAAAUUAGGAGAUCUGGGAAUCAUGGACCAGCUUCAGGGGAGCCUUGAGAUACGAGGGUUGGGGAAUGAUGCGAAAGAUGAUGCGAGUGAGAUUGAGAAAGCACAGUUGGGGAAUAAGGAGCACCUCUCUCAUUUGGGAGUACAUUUCGAGUAUGAAGGUAGAAAGCAGAGAAAAGGCGAUGAAGAAAUAGUGAAAGCAUUGCAACCACAUCAAAAUUUGGAAUCUUUAUCCAUUUGGUAUUGCCAUGGCACCACCGAGUCUCUCUAUUGGAUCAAGUCUCUACACAAUUUGAGAAAACUUGAUCUCACUUUCUGGAGAUUUUGUGAACUUUUCCCUCCUCUUGGAAAAUUGCUAUCGCUUGAAAUUCUGAAAAUUCAGUGGAUGGAGAAUGUGAAAAAGGUGGGAGUUGAAUUUCUGGGAAUACAAGAAGAAGAAGAAGUCUCAGGAAUUCUAUUCCCCAAAUUGAAACAACUUACUUUUGAUGGCAUGGACAACUGGGAAGAGUGGGCCUUUCUUUCUGAAAUCACGAUAAUGCCAGGCCUUUCUUCCUUGCGAAUUGUUCGGUGCCCAAAGCUAAAAGCACUGCCAGACUUCCUCUACAAGAUAAAAGCACUGCGUACUCUGAAGAUCAAGGGUUGUCCAAUUCUGGAAGGAGAAUACGAAAAAGGCAUGGGGAAGGAGUGGCACAACAUUUCUCACAUCCCAAACCUCACAAUCCAGAAGUGGAACUGAACAGGAGGAAUUUUCAAGCGGUUGCAAACCAUAAAGUAAAUCAAUUAGACUGAAGUGGCUCUUCCUUCAUCCUAAGAGCAAAUCAAUUUGGCUUCGACGAGGAUGUGCUCUAUCUCUUUACUUGGCAUGCUUUUGAGUGAUGGGCAUCCACGUCCUCUGAUGGAUGCACACUGCAGUCAGGAGAAGGGAUUUGAGAUGCUGAAUCAGUUCAAGGUAAUGGUGGUUCAGAAGUUGGAGCUGCAUGCUUCUGUUGGAGUGGAGGGACUAUAACACUGUCGUACACCAUACAGGAAUUUUGGUAUCCAUUUGAAUGAUUGAAGUUCCUCUCACCUAAACUAGGCUGAAGCUUUUGUGGAAUGGAUGCUGACUCGGAUUCGAAUAGUAAUUGGGGUAAGGAAGCUUUCUCUGCAAACUGUAUGUUAACAAUAAGCAGCUGGGAGCUCGGUAAUUGGUGUUUUUGCAAAUGGACUGUUCAAAUGCUGCCAUCUCAAUCGUUGAAGCCUACUUGAAGGCUGAAGUCUCUUGUGGAAAUGAAACUGAUUGGAAUUUGAGAAGUGAAUCGAUCAGACUUCCCUUAAUCAAAGAGUAAAAGGAGAUUGCUUCCGGCGCACAGUGACAUGUUGGAGUGGAAUGCUAAGCUUGUCAAGGGAUUACUGACUUCUGAACUACUUACCAAAAGCAAUUGGGAGUUUAAAAAAUUCUGCGAGCACUAGACAGCUUUCAGAUAUGUGAUGCCACACCUUUCUUCCUUGCAAAUUUUGGGCAGCCCAGUGCUAAAACAACUGCCGGACUUCCUGCAGAAGAUAACAGCACUGCAUUUGGAGAUGAAGAGGUGUCCAUUUCUCACAUCACAGUUGUGAAACUUGCUGCCCAAAUACAAAUCUCCAUGGAACUGAACAGACAGAAAAUACCACCAUUCAGUCCAACGCGUCUUUGCUAGGAGCACGGAUUUGAAGAUACAAAAUCAGUUCCAGUUGAUGGUGGUUCAGUAGCCUGAUUCUGUUGGAUUGGAUAUCCCCGACUGGAAACGAAUUGAAGUACUGUUAGUAACAUUACAUAUUUUCAUUUGACAAAGAAGAAAAAUAGAAAAUACACAAAGCUACAGCUUAUAUAUGGAACGCACUGAUUGAAGCUUCAAGAAUGGCCGGUAUUGGAGUUGUGAAGCUGACAAACACUACCUAGGACGGACUAUCAAGCGUACACCAUAAAGGAAAUUUGGUAUAUAUCCAUUUGACUGAUUGAAGUGGGGGCUCUCACCUAAACUAGGUAGAUGUGAUUAGCAUCUAAAGUUCCAUUACUUGGUCCUUAAUGUAAGGUAUUCUGAUUUUAUAUGAUGGGUAGAAGUUCGAUUGAUGAUGACUGGGAGCUUCCCUUUUCCAAUGCUGCUCAC